CCCCUUCCCCCUGGCCCACCGGCUGACCAUGAAGGAGGUGUUUGACGCUGAAGGCCGGCCGCGGGUGGACCUGCUCAAAGCUCACCUCACCAAGGAGGGCCGCCUGGAGGAGGCCGUGGCCCUGCGCAUCAUCGAUGAGGGCGCCGCCAUCCUGCGCCAGGAGCGCACUAUGUUGGACAUUGAGGCGCCAGUCACGGUGUGUGGAGAUAUCCACGGCCAGUUCUUCGACCUGAUGAAGCUGUUUGAAGUGGGAGGCUCUCCUGCCAACACACGCUACCUCUUCCUAGGGGACUAUGUGGACAGGGGCUACUUCAGUAUCGAGUGUGUGUUAUACCUGUGGUCACUGAAAAUCCUCUACCCAAAGACACUCUUUCUUCUACGGGGAAACCAUGAAUGUAGACAUCUGACAGAAUAUUUCACCUUCAAACAAGAAUGUAAGAUCAAGUACUCGGAGCAGGUGUACGACUCCUGCAUGGAGGCGUUUGAUUGCCUGCCCCUGGCAGCCCUGAUGAACCAGCAGUUCCUGUGUGUGCAUGGGGGGCUUUCACCAGAGAUCCACACGUUGGACGACAUCAAGAAGUUGGACCGGUUCAAGGAGCCCCCAGCGUUUGGGCCCAUGUGCGACCUGCUGUGGGCCGACCCCCUGGAAGACUUUGGCAACGAGAAGACCCAGGAGUACUUUGGCCACAACACAGUUAGAGGCUGCUCCUAUUUCUACAGUUACCCAGCAGUGUGUGAGUUCCUACAGACCAACAACCUGCUGUCAAUCAUCAGAGCGCAUGAAGCACAGGAUGCUGGGUAUCGUAUGUACAGGAAGAGUCAGACCACAGGUUUCCCCUCUCUCAUCACAAUCUUCUCUGCUCCAAACUACCUGGAUGUCUACAACAACAAAGCGGCGGUGCUGAAGUAUGAAAAUAACGUGAUGAACAUUCGUCAGUUCAACUGCUCUCCUCACCCCUACUGGCUGCCCAACUUCAUGGACGUCUUCACCUGGUCGCUGCCUUUUGUGGGAGAAAAGGUGACUGAGAUGCUGGUCAAUGUGCUGAGCAUCUGUUCUGACGACGAACUCAUGAACGACGGGGAGGAGAUCUUUGAUGCCAGUGCAGCAGCAGCCAGGAAAGAGGUGAUCAAAAACAAGAUUCGAGCCAUCGGGAAAAUGGCUAAAAUGUUCUCUGUUCUACGGGAGGAGAGUGAGAACGUGUUGACCCUGAAGGGACUGACUCCUACAGGCAUGCUGCCCAGCGGAGUGCUGUCUGGGGGCAAACAGACCUUACAGAGCGCUACCAUUGAGGCCAUUGAAGCCAUCGAGACAGUUAAGGACGCUGAAGCCAUCCGAGGCUUCUCUCCGCAGCAUCGGAUCAGCAGUUUCGAGGAGGCCAAAGGUCUGGACCGGAUCAACGAGAGGAUGCCCCCGCGACGCGACGCCGUCAACAGCGUGGGCCUGUCAAUGGGCCGCAUGAACAUGGGAGAGCCCAAUGGGACCGACAGCAACAGCAAUAUACAGUGAUGGACAUCUACUCCCACGUGCCCACACACAUACCUGCAGUUACAACAACUCUGAUUUGGUACCAUAUUUAUAGAUACGUGUACAUAGGCAUAUAUACACAAGAGAAAUGCACCACACACACACAGUAUUACAUACAUUAGAUAGGCUACAUCACACACACACACACACAUGAUUAUCUACCCCAUUCCUGUUGCCCUCAGUUGUAUGUAAAGGCAUGAGCAUACCCGGACUUUACCACCAAAGGCUGAGUCUCUCCAGUGAACUGAUCAGCUCUAGUUAGAGAACUACAACUCCCAGUGAACCUGCACAACAACAGGAAAGAAACUACAAAAACACUCCCCAUGCAAAACAGGAGGAGCUGCUGUUCACCGUGUGUGUUGGGGAUCACCAGUGGGUUGACAGUGUCAGCAUGACGUGGCUGUGUUGGUGGUGUGUGUUAGUGUCAGGCGGGGUCAAGUGUUUGCACGAGGGGGAGGGGGGGCUGGGAAGUUCAAGAUAUGUAUGCUUCUUUUUCCUGUUUGGAAGUGGAAUCAAACUUUUCUAGAGUUGUGGAUAUGCCUGCCUGCGUGCGUGCACAUGCUUCAACAUGUAAAAUGUCUGUGCGGUUCUAUUUGAAACUGUGUUUUCGUUUGCAAAAACACGAACUGGUCAUCGUCGCCGUCAACCGGGGCGAGAAAUGUUUUGACGUGUGGUGUGGUAUCUGUUGCCGAGAGAUGUGUUGGAGAUAAUCUCAGCUGCAGUCUAAUCUGAGCCCUCGCUGUUCUUCUUUUCUUCUCGGGAGGAGAUUCCCGUUUGCUUUUGUAGCACUACACUGUACCCAUCCUCCACUUGAAGCCGAGUGCAGGAUGGGUAGGUUCAGGGUGGAUCAGAUUUGAAGCAACCGUUUCUCCCCACCCGUUAGCGUGUAAAUAGGUUACAUAGAGAGGUUUUAUUGCACACGUGAUGCAUAUCACAAGAUGCAAGAUGCAGCAUAGCAGAUGUAGGAUGCUUUAUGUAUGCGAGGGAGCGGGGGGAGUUGAAAUGUGAAGUCAUACUCUAUUCAUUCUCUUUCUACAUCCUCCUUUAUCCCGCCUUGCUGUCUGCUACCAAACAGCAGUCACGGCCUGGGAAUCUCCGGCCUCAAAAGCAGGAAUAAUAUUUCACAGUAAACAGACUCUUCAGGUUAAGGCAGCAGCCGAGACAACAAGAAGAAGUCAUAAGAAAAGGUCUUUGUAAAGCAUUUAUAUUAACGCAUCAGUGCAUGCAGAGUUAAGUUCUUUGAUAAUAAUGUGAAGAUUAUAUUUGUGCUCUGUGUUUCACUAUGGUAGGAUUUUUUUUUCUUUUUUGUUUUUCUGGCUAAUAUAAAUGAACUGAGGAAUAAUGAAUAAUUUAUUUUGUACAUAAUGUUAAUUUAUUUUUUGUAUUCAUUUUGAGUUCAGUUUUCAUGUUUUUUCUUUCUUCUUUUUCUUUUUCGAAACCUGUGUUAUUCCUGUUUCUUUCGGCGCUGUACAGAAUGACAGUACGCUUCUAUUCAAAGUGUCAAGUCCACGUUCUCUCCUCUCUCUUCUUUGUCGGUGUACAGGAGUUGUUUUUAAAAACGAUAAAUAUGAAUAACGAUAAAACAAAUAUUAAACUAGCAUUGAUGAAUGACCAUACUAUAUUCAGAGGCACAGGCAUUCAGGCAGCCAAAAGCAUGAUUGCAUGGUUAAAAUUUGUGCUGUUUUUAAAGCAAAAAGCAGCAAGACACAUUUUAACAGAAGAGCCGGUGUGUUGCCGUCACAAUUUAAAGGAAAAAAGUGUACUCUCUCUCUCUCUGAUCAUAAUUAUUGAUGAUUCCUCUUGUUAUUUGAUGAUAUUUAUGAUUCUAUGAUUAUUAUGAUUCUAUUUAUUAUGGACAUUAUUCUUAAUAUUUAAGCUCUCUCUCUCUGCUGGUUGCUCUUCAUGUUGCGUUGCUCCUUGGUUGAUCUUGUUGUGCUUCUUUGGGAGAGGUGAACCCCCCUGGGAGACCCUGUGCCAUAGAAAUUGUGCCACGGUUCUUACUUUCUCUCUCUCUUUCUCUCUCUCUCUCUCUUUCUCUCUCUCUCUCUAUAUAUCUCUCUCUCUAACUCUCUCUCUCUCUCUCUCUCUCUCGCUCUUUCUUUCUGCUCUCUUUCUGUUUUGACUCCCCAGUCACUAACACUGUAAGCAUGCCCCAUGGGACGAUCCACUUUUUUACUCUUGAAUAAAAUAUGCAUGAACCUUU